UAUCCAGUAAAUCUAGGGCUUGGCUGUUUCCCUGGGUUACUAAUCCACUUUACUGAUUUACCUAUAUUGCUUUCACUUGUCGGAGAAUCUGUGACCAAGAGAGAGGUUCUGUCUGUCCUCUUCUAACUGAUUGUACAGUCGCGGCGAGGCUGUGGUGCGUAAGAGCUGUGGAGUGUUGGUGUGCAAGCCUCCUGGAAUUUCAACCCCCGACUUACAUAACGCAGCAUCCAAUUUGUACCACUAAAUGAAUGGAGCAAUACACUCAAUGGAGCUAAAUCUGUUGCUCUGAAUUUGACCGCAUCCCACCACAGUGAGUAUCUGGUGGACGAGGAAUAGUCCUCAAGAAAAAUCUAUUGUGGGGUGCCGACUCAACGUUGCCGGGAUGGGGACAGUCCUUUCGUUUUCGCCAACAGCAAGUAAGGGCGCUGUGUUGGACGAUGGAAAUGGAAUCAACAACAAUGAGGGGACGGUCAAACGACAGUCCAUGCUCGUCUCAGCUCUUGUAUGGACGAAAUCGGUUGCCGCAUCGAGUAAGAAAAAAAGUGCCAAGAAAGUCGGCCCAGAUCCCCCUGCGUCACAAGUCAGCAACAACCAAGUGGAACAUCUUAAUCAAGAAAAUCAUAAGAAAUCACAACAGUCUGAGUCCGAACCCAAAGUUAAAGCACCGCUCGCUGUUCCGGUGCCAACGGUUCCCACCCAAAGCCUUCAACCCAGUCAGACAACUGCAGUAACUAUCUUGUCCAUCAAAAAGCAGCCGAGCCGUUUGUCAGUCCUUUCACCCAGACGGGUAAUCAUCCAGGCAUCGACUGGGGAGCUGUUACGUUGUCUGGGAGAUUUUUUGUGCCGGAGAUGUUACAAACUGAAAGAGCUCAGCAGUGGGGAGGUUGUCCUAUGGUUUCGAAACGUAGACCGAACCCUGCUCAUCCAAGGCUGGCAGGACCAUGGGUUUAUCACGCCAGCUAACCUGGUCUUCGUUUACCUGCUCUGCAAGGAUAUUGUAACCGAGGACAUCGACAGCGCCUCCGAAUUACAGGGCACCUUCCUGAGCUGCCUCUACCUGGCCUACUCCUACAUGGGCAACGAGAUCUCCUACCCUCUCAAACCCUUCGUUAUCGAAGCUAACGAAGACGUUUUUUGGGAUACAGCACUGACCAUAAUUGAUAGAAUGAGUGCCAAAAUGUUACAGUUAAAUUCUGACCCGCACUUUUUCACUGAAGUAUUUCAAGACCUUAAAGAGGAAGGAGAUCGGGACAAUAGCGUAGACCGUUAAAUCGAGAAAUAAUAUAGCUUCUUUCAACACAAAAUGUUAAAAUGAAUGUAAAGGGUACCCUAAAUUGGAAUCAUUGACAAGAAAUUGCCUCUUUAUA